CUUGUGGGAUUAUAAUUGGUGGAUGUUCAUCGCGGAAGGUUUCAGUCUAGCAAAAUCGUUCAGUAACGUAACAUCGCUUGCAAGAAUUAGCUGGAUAGCUGGUUUCAUCUGAUUUGCAUAUUGACCGGCGGUAUAUACAGCGAAGAAAAAUGUCUGCGCCGACCAGCAAACCAAACGUUGCUCCGGGACCCCGACGCACUACCAAAGGAUCCGAAGUAAAGGACAAGCGAUUCCAACGUAAAUUGCUAGCGAAAUUAGGCGCCGAUAGCAAAAAACGAAAGGACUCUGAUAUUGUUGAUGAAAAACUUAAGAAAAGUAACAGAAAAGAAGCAUCGACCGAUCUGGCGCCAGUGCUGAUCCAAAGCGCUGAAUUGUUCACCCAAGAAAAUUCAAAAGUUCAUAACACCUCCGAUUAUCAUCUGGUGACCGGGGAGUUCCCUACUCCCGUACUGCGACGAGGACAACCUUUUUACAUUGCUCUACAAUUGGACAGACCAUACGAUUUGAACAAGGAUGUGAUGCGUCUGUUCUGGGAAUUCGGGCCAAGACCAUCGGUGCCGAAGAAGACUAAAGCGGUAUUGAAAUUGACGGCUGAGACACCGACGGAUGAAUUUGCGGACAAUGAAAGUUGGCAAGUACGAUUCCACAAGCAGGAGGAAUCUAUGCCCACUUUAGAGGUCCAAAUCCCGGCGACAGCUCCUGUUGGAAUAUGGAAAUUGCGAAUUUCUACGAAUCGAAAAGGCAGAGGGGAUCAUAAGAACGAAUUUGAAGUUCAAGAAGAAUUUUAUGUCUUAUUUAAUCCUUGGUGUAAAGAGGACAACGUCUACAUGGAAGACGAAAAAAUGCGUGAAGAGUACGUCUUGAAUGACAGCGGGAAAGUUUGGUGCGGCACUUUCCGUUCCCCUAAAGGGCGCAGAUGGGUCUUCGGACAGUUCGAAGAGGUCUCACUUCCGGCCUCCAUUUACCUUCUUGAAAAAUCAAACGUUCCAUAUCACGAUCGCGGAAAUCCAGUGAAAAUUGUCCGCGCUAUAUCAGCCGUUGUGAAUUCGGAGGACGACGACGGUUUGUUAGUCGGCCGAUGGGACAAUGAUUACAGUGACGGUACAGCACCAAACGCUUGGACGGGUACUGUUGCGAUUUUCGAGCAAUAUUUGAGCGAAGGAGGUGAACCGGUCAAAUAUGGACAAUGUUGGGUGUUUUCGGCCGUUACAGUCACCAUGUGUCGCGCUCUGGGGAUUCCAGCACGAUCGGUUACAAACUACGUCUCGGCGCACGAUACAAAUUCCACCCUGACGGUUGACAAGUUCUUCGACAAGUUCGGUGAAGAAAUUCCUCUAGGUCCGGACGGGGACUGUAGCGACUCGUGUUGGAACUUCCACGUCUGGAAUGACGUGUGGAUGAUGAGACCGGACCUUCCGUUGGGCUACGGAGGAUGGCAAGUGAUCGACGCAACUCCGCAAGAACAGAGCGACAGCAUAUAUUGUUGCGGUCCCGCAUCCGCGGAGGCGGUGAGACGCGGUGAGGUCGGUUUCCGGUACGACACUCCGUUUGUAUUUGCGGAGGUCAACGCGGACAUCUGUCAUUUUAAAGAAGACGAUGAGAGUGACUGGGGCUUUUCACGGAUUUCUAUCAAUCAGAAUCACGUGGGACGUAAAAUUUUGACCAAGAGCCACAUCAAGGACGAUGACGAGGGCGAUACGGAUCUCGUCGAUAUUACUCACGAAUAUAAAAACCUGGAAGGAUCGUCUUCUGAACGUCUGGCAGUUUUUAACGCCGUAAAAGGCGUCUCUCGCGCCCAGAAAUUAUACGAUUUUCCUGAAGCUCAAGUACGCGACGUUGACUUUGACCUUAUCGAAAUCGACACCAUCCCUUACGGAGAUGAUUUUAAAGUUGCCGUCAAGAUUCAUAACAAAUCAAAGGAAAAUCGUACGAUUACGUUGAUUCUUUCGGCAUGUACCGUUCACUACACGGGAACAACGGCUCAUCGUCUGAAAAAAGCGCAGAAAACGUUUUCCCUCCAGCCAGGAGCGAAGCAGACGAUUUCGCUGCAUUUGACCGUUGACGAAUAUCUUCAUUACCUGGUGGAUCAAGGAUUUUUCAAAAUAUACGCCAUCGCCAACGUUAUCGAGACCAAGCAGACAUGGAGUGGGGAGGAUGACUUUCAUCUUACAAAACCGAAUCUUACGGUCAAGCUGCGCGGUGAUACCGUCGUUGGAAAAGCGUGCGAGAUGAUUUUCAUCUUUAAAAAUCCUCUCAAGGUUGAACUCACCGACUGCAAGUUCAGGGUGGAAAGUCCGGGACUUCAGCGUCCCAAGGUUCUUCCUUUCAGAAACGUUGCUCCCGGGGAAGAAAUCACCGUGUCGGAAUGGUUCGAGCCGAAGCGAGCCGGCAAUCGGAAGAUCGUCGGGUCUUUUUACUCGGACCAAAUCAGCGAUGUUGCUGGCUCGAUUACUGCCACGGUUACUGAAUAAAACUCUAACGCCAACUCUCCGUCCGCCGAGGAGAAAAAAAAAAAAACAAACAGCGCAAGUUAAUACGGUACACGCGGAUAUAAUUGGGAUUGAGUUUUUUAAUCCGGCUACGUAGAACGGAUCGUUGUGUGUCUCUAUGUAUUCACGUUAAUAUAAUGUAUUGGGGAAUAUGAGGAA